CUUAAAUUUAUCAAAGGCUGUCUUGCAUUUCUGCUUUGUUUAACUGAGAUAUGGAUCCUUCACUAAGCCCUGUCUCCAUUCAUUAUGCUAUUAAGAAAGAAACAUGGAGGGGCGUGGUAGUUCUAUCGUUUCAAAGCCUCGGAGUAGUAUAUGGUCGAUUAAGCACUACUCCCUUGUAUGCAUUCGGUUCGAUUGAUCCUAGCCAUAUCAAAUCAGGACAGCAGAUAUAUGAGCUCUUCUCCUUUGUUUUUUGGACUUUAACCAUCAUUCCCCUGUUGAAAUAUGCCUUUAUAGUCUUCAAGGCUGAUGAUAACGGAGAAGGUGGUACAUUUGCUUUGUAUUCCCUACUUUGUAGGCGUGCUAAUGUAGGUCUGCUUCCGAGUGAUGUAAAUGAUACGGAGCUUAUGCAUCAAGAGGAAGGAACCCUUUCUAAAAUGAAUGUGGAAUCAAGGGCAAGAAGAACGAUAGGAAGAUAUAAAAGCAGUCACUACUUGCUCUUACUUUUGGCUUUGGUUGGUUCCUGUUUGAUAAUUUGUGACGGAAUUUUUACCCCUGCUCUUUUGGUUUUAUCAGCAACGUCAGAUCUGAGACGUUCCUUGUCAAAAUUGGCACCUCGAUUUACCUCUUCAGACAAGGCAAGACAAUCUGUUGAUAAGUAUUUAAAGAGAUUUAUACCAGUUCCAGUAGCAUGUGUCAUCUUGGUUUGCCUUUUCAUGCUGCAACGUUAUGGAACCAACAGGGUCGGUGUCAUCUUUGCUCCAAUUGUUAUCGUCUGGCUUGUGUUUAUAAGUGGAUUCGGCUUGUACAAUAUAAUUCAUCAUCCCCAAAUACUCUGGGCAAUAUCCCCAACAUACAUGUUUAGGUUCAUUAAUAAAAUAGAUAUCACAAGUUUGAAACUUCUGAGCAACAUCGUCUUAUGUAUAGCAGGUUCAGAGGCAAUGUUUGCAGAUUUAGGUCAUUUUUCAAACCGAUCCAUUAAGGUCACUUUUAUCUUUUUGGUAUAUCCAGCCCUUGUCUUAUGUUAUGCUGGCCAAGCAGCAUUUUUUUCCCAGCACCUCGGCACUUCAGAUGAUGUAGCUCAUCUUAGUGAAUCUGUGACACAUAGACACCUUCAGCACAUAUUCACAAUUUUGUCCCUUUUUGCUUCCCUCGUGGGUAGCCAAGCCACGAUUACUGCAAGUUUUUCCAUCAUAAAUCAGUGUCAAGCACUUGCUUGCUUCCCGAGGGUCAAAGUUAUCCACACAUCAGAUAAAGUGCGCGGACAGGUUUAUGUUCCUGAUGCAAACUGGAUGCUUAUGAUCCUUAGCCUGUCAAUCUUGAUAGGUUUCCGAGACAUAUCAACUAUUGCAAAUGCUACAGGUUUAGCUGUUAUUUGUGGAAUGCUGGUGACAACUUGUCUUAUGUCACUAAUUAUAGCACUGCAAUGGGAGAAGAGUGUUGCAUUUCUCUCUGUUUUGUUUUUGUUAUUCUUUGGUUCGAUUGAGGCAUUGUACCUAUCGUCAUGUUUCUUGAACUUUACCGAGGGAGCUUGGUGCAUCGUUGUUUUGUCGUUGAUUUUCAUGACAAUCAUGGUCUCUUGGCACUAUGGUACCAUCAAAAAGUAUGAAUUCGACGUAGAGAACAGGGUGACCGUGGACUGGCUGACAGACCUGAGUCCUGGACUCGGAGUUUCUAGAGUCCCCGGCAUUGGAUUCAUCCAUACUAACAUUGUGACAGGAAUCCCAGCUUUUUUCUCCCAUUUCAUCACCAACCUCCCUGCAUUCCAUCAAGUGCUGAUUUUACUGUCCUUCAAGUCUUUGCCCGUCCCAUACAUUCCCAAAAAUGAACGAUACCUUGUAGGCAGGAUCGGUCAUAAGGAAUACAAGAUAUAUAGAUGCAUUGUUCGCUAUGGAUAUCGUGAUCAUGUAAGGGAUGUUAAUGAUUUCGAGGAUCAAAUUAUUAGCUCUAUAGGCGAGUUCAUAGCUAGAGAGGAACGACAUCACGAAGCCUUGGUUUUACAAGAGGGAAGGAUGAUAAUUUUGGGGACAAAUGGAAAUGCAUUGGUCCCUGUUGUUGAAGGUGAAAGUUUUCAACAAGUAACAGAUAUUGAAAAUCCUACUACUACUACUACUACUACAAGGAGAAAAAAAGUUAGAUUUAUAUUGCCUGUAAGUAAUCCUAAGAUGAAUUCAUCAGUAAGGAAGGAACUUCAAGAACUUGUUGAUGCAAGGGAAAGUGGCACUGCCUAUUUUUUGGGGCAUUCACAUUUGAAAGUACGUAAAGGGUCGAAUUUUGUGAAGCAAUUUCUUGUUAUGGCUUAUGCUUUUCUUGAUAGGAAUUGUAGAGAGCCUCCAAAUGCAUUAAACAUCCCUCAUGCUGCUCUUUUGGAAGUUGGAAUGGUCUAUACAAUAUAAUUUGAGUUCCAACUGAUGCAAUAAAUAUACUAUGGUGAGAAUUGAGAAUUCUCGAAAUUUAUCUAUGCUCCACAAAUAUGAUUACAAGUGGAAAUAAAAACAAAAUUUUGAAAAAAUAUGGAACACCUUGGUUCAAGGAAUUUCAUGCGACCAACGAAAUCUUCCUGUUGGUAGUGAUCAAAAUCGUCAUGUUGGUGUAUCUUAACCAUAUGAUAAGG